AAUUCUUAGGGCUUCCGCGUCUCUCUUUCAAAAUCACAUCAGAGUUCUCUAAGACUCGGGUAUCGUCAUCGUCAUCGUCUUCGCCCCCGCGAAGCUCAGUCGAAGAUGUUAACGGCGGAUAUACCACCGAAUCAGUCAAUCUACAUCAAAAACCUCAAUGAAAGAAUCAAGAAAGAAGAAUUGAAGAGAUCUCUUUACUGUUUGUUCUCACAGUUUGGGAGGAUACUUGAUGUGGUUGCUUUGAAGACUCCUAAGCUCCGUGGCCAAGCUUGGGUUGCCUUUAGUGAUGUCACUGCUGCUACUAAUGCUGUUCGCCAGAUGCAGAACUUCCCUUUCUAUGAUAAACCUAUGCGCAUACAAUUCGCAAAAGAAAAGUCAGAUUGUAUUGCUAGAGAGGAAGGAACUUUCGUUCCCAAAGAUAAGAAGAGGAAGAAAGAAGAGAAAGCUGAAAGAAAGCGUGAAGAAACCCAACGACCAAACACAGCUAAUGGCCCAACUCCACAGAACGGAGCCCCUGCUCCAUCGUCGUUCAAGCCGAGCGGACAAGAAACGAUGCCACCAAACAACAUACUCUUCAUUCAGAAUCUUCCGCACGAUACAACAACUGAAAUGCUUGAGUUUCUCUUCCGUCAGUAUCCGGGAUUCAAAGAGAUAAGAAUGGUCGCCGCUAAACCAGGGAUUGCGUUUGCGGAGUUCGAAGACGACGUUAAAUCUUCCAUGGCUAUGCAAGGUCUUCAGGACUUCAAAAUCACUCCCCAGUACCCAAUGCUCAUCUCUUUUGCCAAGAAAUGAAGAGAAACUGCCUUUGUUUUGUUUGUCUUUUAAGAUGAUGACAGUGAGACUUGGUGUGUAUAACCGACGGUUUAAUGUUUCGGUUCGAUUGACUCCGGUUUGGUUUAGUCACGCGGUUUCACAUAA